AGCCGGGUCCGGAGAACGACGAGAGCUGCGCUGUGGGCAGUACGACCGCGACCACAAACUCGACUCAGAUCGCUUUUUAGGAGACAUCCUGAUACACCGCUGUAUGGACAGCCGAUAGCCAUAUAAACUGCAAUUGCGUCCUUGCUAUAUAGCAGCGCGCAACGAAGAGAAAAGGGACCACGCAAGGGAGACACCACCUUAAUAGCGACUCAUCUCGCCAUCCAAGAAACUGGAAUCUGAAGUAUCCAGUUUCGGCUCCAUCGUGGCAUUCCCCAGGUGGCAUGUUCCAAGGCUGCCAUUUAUCGAUCUGAACUCCUGCUUUCACCCGAAGAGGGUUCAAUGAAAAUGUCCAUCAUUGUCCAUGAGAACCGCAAGUCGCGGGCCAGCUCUGGCUCCAUGAACAUCUACCUGUUCCACAAGUCGUCCUACGCAGACAGCGUGCUGAUGCACCUUAAUGCCCUGCGGCAGCAGAGGCUCUUCACUGAUGUUCUGCUACACGCCGGGAACCGGACCUUCCCCUGCCACCGGGCAGUACUGGCUGCCUGCAGCCGCUACUUUGAGGCGAUGUUCAGUGGUGGCCUGCGUGAGAGCCAGGCCAGAGAGGUCAACUUUCACGACUCCAUUCACCCCGAGGUGCUGGAGCUCCUGCUGGAUUACGCCUACUCGUCACGGGUGAUCAUCAAUGAGGAGAACGCAGAGUCCCUGCUGGAGGCAGGAGACAUGCUGGAGUUCCAGGACAUCCGAGACGCCUGUGCCGAGUUCCUAGAAAAGAACCUGCACCCCACCAACUGCUUGGGCAUGCUUCUGCUCUCUGACGCUCACCAAUGCGCCAAGCUGUCCGAGCUCUCCUGGGGCAUGUGCCUCAGUAACUUCCCAACCAUAUGCAAGACGGAGGACUUCCUCCAGCUGCCCAAAGACAUACUGGUGCAGCUGCUCUCCCACGAGGAGCUUGAGACGGAGGACGAGCGGCUUGUUUACGAGUCGGCCCUCAACUGGGUCAACUUUGACCUGGAGCGGAGACACUGCCACCUCCCGGAGCUCCUACGCACUGUCAGACUCGCCCUCCUGCCUGCCGUCUUCCUCAUGGAGAACGUGUCCACAGAGGAGCUCAUCAACAAACAGGUGAAGAGCAAGGAACUGGUGGACGAGGCAAUACGGUGCAAGCUGAAGAUCCUGCAGAACGACGGCGUCGUUACGAGUUUGUGCGCCCGGCCCCGCAAGACCAGCCAUGCCCUCUUCCUGCUAGGAGGCCAGACCUUCAUGUGUGACAAGCUGUACCUUGUGGACCAGAAAGCCAAAGAGAUCAUCCCCAAAGCCGAUAUCCCCAGCCCUCGCAAGGAGUUCAGUGCCUGCGCCAUUGGCUGCAAGGUCUACGUCACCGGCGGGAGAGGUUCCGAAAAUGGGGUGUCGAAAGACGUUUGGGUGUACGACACCCUGCACGAAGAAUGGUGCAAGGCAGCCCCUAUGCUCAUCGCCCGGUUCGGGCACGGCUCGGCGGAGCUGAAGCACUGCCUCUUCGUGGUGGGUGGGCACACAGCGGCCACCGGCUGCCUCCCCGCCUCCCCGUCGGUGUCACUCAAGCAGGUGGAGCAGUACGACCCCACCACCAAUAAGUGGACCAUGGUGGCACCGCUCCGCGAGGGCGUGAGCAACGCAGCCGUGGUGAGCGUCAAGCUGAAGCUCUUCGCCUUCGGCGGUACCAGCGUCAGCCACGACAAGCUGCCCAAGGUGCAGUGCUACGACCCGCUGGAGAACCGCUGGACCGUACCCGCCACUUGCCCGCAGCCUUGGCGCUACACGGCUGCUGCCGUGCUGGGCAGCCAGAUUUUCGUCAUGGGUGGGGACACUGAGUUCUCUGCGUGCUCCGCCUACAAGUUCAGCAGCGAGACAUACCAGUGGACUAAGGUGGGCGACGUGACGGCCAAGCGCAUGAGCUGCCAGGCGGUGGCAUCGGGGAACAAGCUCUACGUGGUGGGUGGCUACUUUGGCACGCAGAGGUGCAAAACCCUGGACUGCUACGACCCUACGCUGGACACCUGGAACAGCAUCACCACCGUGCCAUAUUCGCUGAUCCCCACAGCCUUCGUCAGCACGUGGAAACACCUUCCAGCGUAGGGGCUGACCCCCGACCCCCCCCCCCCCUCCCCUCCAGGUAUGAAACUGAGCCUCCUAUUUCUGGAACGUAAAGUGAUAUUAUGCAUUUCAAGUUCUGAACUUCAUCAUACAUUUCUGGCAUGAUUAGCUGUCAGCUCCAUGGUAGCUAAUUGUUUUUGCUGGAGUUUAUAGUUUUAAACUUCAACUGCAUAUGCAGAAGAAAGCGAGAUUAUUCCCUUUACUGUGAGGGGAACGUCAAAUUUUGAAUUUUAUCAGUGGGGUUCUCGUGUGACUGGAUUUUUAAUGGGAUGUGGUAAUUGUCAAUUGCCUGGAACAAACCUAAGCGGUACGGCCUGAUAAAUAGUCUUUCUGUUAUUUUAUACUAUGUAAUAUGCGGGGUACUCGUACGCAUCAUUUUCAUGUCCGAUUUUGACCUUAAGCUCUGCAACCUUAUCUAUGCUCUGAAACCUGUCCUUAGAAAUCCUGUGAACCAAAAUGCAGCGUAUGAACAGAUGGUUCAAGUAGUAAUUGGGCGGCGGCAUUAGGCAGCGGGUAACGGACAUGUCAGAGUAAUUGCAGGAUAAUUACAUGAGCUCUGCCGUCAGCCACACCUUAAAACUGUGCCUCUCGCAAGGCUGUCUGUUGAUUUGUGUCUUGUGCCGGAGUAACAGUGUCUGUCUGUAGGUCGCCCAGCUCUCUAGCUCCUUAUAUUUUGUCAGGUGGAUUGUGAGAAGCUUUACGCGGAUAUGAGACGAGCACUGUCUGAAAAGGUUUACUGGAUUAGCCCCCUCCCAGCUUUUCCGCUGCAGUCUGGCUACCGUUCGGCUCCACGGCCAUCAGUCGAGUCUGCUACGCCGUUAUAACCAGGCAGGGUGCAACUUGUAUUGGCAGCCUUCGUUUUUGGCUAGAAAUUCAGCUAAUGGCUCAGUGUCUCUGUGAACUAAAUGAUUAGGAACUGUCUGCCUGGGGUACCCCGGGGAGGUAUUGGAGUUUUCUCUGGUGAUUAGUAAUAAUAGAAAUAUCUAAAAGGAUCGAGGAGGCAAGUAAUUAUAUUUCAUAGCGGUACGUAAUUUAAGAGAGAAUUUCAUUUAUAGAUGUCUAAAACUACGAGCGUAAACAUAAUGAUGAUAUUAGAUAUUGAUUGUGAAUUCGCAGUCCAUUCCAUAGAAAUGAUUGUCAUAACAGAAGACUUACUUUGCCCCAGGACGACAGUGGAAACGGGUACACAGUGAAUUAAGGGGGGCUCCCAAUAAACAUAGGCCAUUAGUGACUGGUCUGGCACGGAUCCCCAUGAAGCCCUUUUACCAGUGUCCCGAAAGCGCCGGUCAGGAAUUCCACUGGCAGUUUUCUUUGCAUAUUGAAUGUUGCCCACCUAGGUUGGGCAGUAAAUUUUUAAAGCAGCAGCCCCUUUGUGGAGGCGGUAUUAAUGCAUUUAAAAGAGUUGUGAGCCUCUUCGGCAGGGGGCCCGGGAACAAUGUUAUUGUCUCCCCCCCCCCUUGGGCCGCAGCGACUGCCCCCGAUCUCUGGCCGUUCACACGGCUUCCCGGGCUGCUGGCCUUGGAGGGCUUGACUUGAGCAGUAAAGCGAACUGUGUUACACCCAAUGGUUACAACUUUAGCAGUGAUGCUGGGCGAAUUCCAGGCUUAUAACUUGGGGAUUUGAAACCAAAAGUCUAAUUUGAACAUCAUAUAAAUUUUUGAAAAUUUAUAGUAAGUAUGAUCAUGAGAAUCAACUUUUAUUUGAUACAGCCAGAGUACAAAGGCCUUGUUUUGAUGUGUUUGGUCACAUUAAAGUAAAUCACAAAAAUAAUCUAAUAUAGAGUAAUACAGAGAUUUUUAAAAAGCUAAUGUUGGGGGAUAUUUGAAAUGAUCUAUUUAAGGAUCUUUUUUCUUCUUCUGUGAUUCUGUUGGGACUUUGGAGUCAAUUACUUCUGAACUGCAAAUCAUAUUUAUGACCCCCCAAUUAAAGAAUGCUUCAGUGAGGCUGGGUGCGAGGCCGCAGCAGGGAAACAAAAUUGCUGUUGUCCAUAUUCUCUACAUCUCAGGACCCAGCAGUGGAGACCCCCAGACCCCUGGGGUGAAUAAAUCUUUGAAACGCAUAUCAUGUCUGCAUUACAUAUUGACAUUCCAGGGCCAUAAAAUCCCAGCAGACAAGCUUGUAACUUCUGCUUUAAAUCUCAACAGUGUGACAGUAAACAAUCACUGAAGUAAACGCAUAAACAGUGUCGGUUAUAUAUGUAAGUAAAGUAAAAACGUCUAACGUUUAAUAUCUCCAGUGUUUGUGGCCUAUAUGUUCAGGAUGACUUGGGCUUUAUUUACUUUGGAGAAGGCGGGUUUGUUCUGACUCUCGGAUGUGGGAUAUGCCUAAGAUGAUAAACCUCAUUAAAAAGCCUUAAAACUGAGGGCAAAUUUAACUUUAGACACAGUCAUUUCUGUAUGCUUUUUAUUUGCUUCCUAUUGUUCAGUUUCGUGACAUUUCUGUUUUGUUUUUUCCUCCCACAGAUUUUUCCUGCGUUUUCAGCACAUCUACUGGAUUUAAACUGUGAAGAGGCACAAUCUGAAAGUCCUGUGCAGUUAGAAACACACUUUACAUUUACACAUAGACUAUGUAAGUGAAUUCACUCGUUUAGGUUAAUGAUUCCUUCAUUAAAUUUCUGACAAUCUCUUAAUUUAGUUGGUCAUGCCUUGAAGUAUAUAUUGUUUCGGAAAACAGGAUUUACUUGGGGGGGCAUUUUUUUUAUUGCCUCCCUGCAUCUUCCACAAUGUUUUUCCAGACAGUAUAUUUUUCAGCUCAUGGCAUUGAUUUGGCAUCAGUUUUUCUCCCACUGCAAAAUUAAUUUCAAUAGUAGCAAAUUGCUGCACAGGACAAACUAUGAAGGAAAAACUGUUGUUGUUUGGGAGCGACGGGCGCUUGCAAGCGGUGUGUUUUUAAGCUGUACCACAAAGUGGAUUCAAUGAAGGAUCGACCCCCCCCCGUCCUUUUUGGGAACUAAGAAUGAGGAUAAUCGUUUAUCUGGCCCUUUUAGGAAGCACAUGUGGGGGAGGGGGAAGAAAUGGACUUUUUUUUUUUUGUGUUUUGUUUCUUCCCACCAAAACAGACAAAGCUGUGCAUGGACAGGUGUAACGUUUGUCAUUGCUGCGGCCUGAAGUUUUGACGGGCCAGAGUGUGAACGCUAGCUGCAUCGUGGGAGAAGCAGCGAAACAUGCCCUGACAUGUCCUCCUGAGUGAGGAUCCAGCUGGUCUCCUCGGAAAAGGUGCUCCAGGAGACUCUGAGAGAAGUCCAUGGGGCCUUUACCCCCCUCCCCCAGGGCGGACACUAGCCGUGAUUAAAGGAAAUGUACUAUUUUCUUUAUAAUGCAACAUAACAAUAAGGAAAUGCUUGUCUUAAGUCUUUGUCUUGGCUUUAAAGGUGUUUUAUUUAUGAGAAUUAAAUGUCUUUUUGUUUUUGCUAUUUUUAUUUUCAACUUUAAUUUAUUGUUUGCUCUCAUUCCGGAAUGGACGCGCGGACUGUCUUUACAUAAACAUGCAUGGCCCUUGCUUCCUGUAGAUUGGGCUCCUUUGCACAUGUUGAGUUUCUCUGAAGUAGGAAAUGUUUUUGGGGUUUUAGCGGGAGGGUGGGUGGUGUAUUUAUUUGCCCUAACGCGGGUGGCUGAAAGGUUCUUGGAGUAUCUCAGGAUCUGAAUGGUUGAGGGGCAGGGGAUUAACAGCCCAGGUGACCUGCAAGGCCUUCGGUGGCAGCCAAUGAGAGGCAGUGCAGCUGACUUAAGAGGAAGGAGGCUGAACCGUGUAGUGCUGGCAUCAGUACGGGUUGUUAGCUCGUGUGGGGUGCGGUCCCUCUGAUUUGCAUCAUGCAGGGGAUCACGGGUGAGGCCCAGGAGGAGUCAAACAGGGACACUGCGAAUGUGUAAAGAGAGCAGCUGCAUCGUGUUCGUUAUGUGUCUUCGAGGCUGGUGUUGUACUAUGACGUCUUCCCUUCCUGUUAAAUGACAUACAGCCGCUUCUGACUAUGAUCUGCUGAUCCUCACUCAGCUCAGCCCAACUGCAGCGUCACUGUAGAAGUCACCAAUUCAUAAAUGUACAGAACUAUGUUAUACAAAAAAAAAAAACUUAAGAUCCAAAGAGGAAAUGGGGCGGGGGGAAAGUAUGUAUGUGUAUAUGUGUAAAUAUACACCAGCAUUUGUAGUAUGGACUUGUCAACUUCUAUAACUCGUUCAUUGUCUGGAAGUAGGUCUGCAGGCAUGCUCAAAGCUUAACCAUAAGCAGAAAUGCAGCACGUUAUCUGCAAAUGAACUGCACAACCUCGCAUUUAUAAUGGUGAAAUUUUACACAAUUUGUGAAGACUAAUAUUUUUUAUUUGUUUUAAACAGAUGAUCAUAGAUAGUCAUGUUAAAAAAAUGUAACAGGGGUUACAAAAAAGAGAGGAAAACGACCCUUACGCCCCUCUGGGAUUUCUGGAGAUACUUUAUUGGUCUAAAAACUUUAGCCUGUUUUUACCCACACAAAACCCCAACCUUCUUCAUGCUGUACUUCAGAUCCUUGCCAUCAGCCAAGGGGCUGGGGGUUCAUUCUGUACUAGAGUUCCCAUAGAAACGGUCAACAAUGAAUCCCAGAACACAUUUUUUGUUGUGUAAUUGAGUUCCCCCCCCCACCCUCCAGUCCUUGACACCUGUUCUGAAAGAGAGGUUGCAGUUGUGCAUUGUCUUUUUCCUCUUUGACAAUAUGCAUAUACAAAGAAAAGCAAAAAGAUGAAAUGUGUCAGUAUGGAUAUGUUUCAGUUUUGUCUUAUUUAGAUAAUUCUUUUGACUACUGCAUUUUAACAGUUUUGUACAAGUGAAUUUUUUUUUCACAAUGUGAAAUGCGUAUCUAAUAAACAAGAGUUUUUCUCUUUGCUGUAAAA